AUGGCUCGCAUUAUAAGCUGGAAACAAUCCAAAUCGUGUGGUGCCGGAAAGGUAUUAAUUUUAGUACUAUCAAUUCAGUUUGCAUACUGGACAUUAACAUCACAUUUUCUUGGAGCUUUUGUACUUUUACUCACAGAAGCACUUAUUAUUAUAUGGGUAAUACAAAAGCUUGACACUUCCACAUACUAUGGGAGAAAACGGCACGAUAUAAAAAACAGCUUCAGACCCUUUGCAUUCACUUUAGAGGAAAGCUGGCAGGAAGAGGUGGACAUUAUCAAGUCAGGGGCCAAAGUGAAAGAUGAUUUGCAAAUUUAUCCAGAGAAUUUUCCAAUAAACGAUACAUUGAAUAAUAUCAUAACCCUAAUUAUUAGAGAUUUUGUCGAUGGGUGGUUUUCGCAUAUUAGCAAGAAUGAUCAAACUUUUACAAACUUGAUUAGAGAUCAAUUUGCUGGCAUAACACAGAAUCUUAUCCGCAGACUAGCAGAUGUCGAUUUUACUAAAUUUGUUGUCACCACCGUUAUUCCGAAAAUUAAUGGCCACUUGGAGUGUUAUCAAUUAGCUCGAGAAAUAGUGAGAAACAAGAAGAAUGUACUUGAAACCGUCAGUAUUAAUCAGGCAAUCUUUUUGAACUAUAAAGGGCCGUUACAUCCAGCAAUAAGGGUUGGAAGUCACGACCAGGAUAUGGAAAUUCGCAAAUAUCUUAUUACAAGAAUUGAGACCAUACUACCACUUCUGGUGGAUAAAAAAGAGGUAAGCUCACCACCAGUUGCCAUUUUACUCCGAGAGAUUUUAGGAAAUUUCGUACUUUUUCCAGUUGUCUCUAUGCUUUCAGACCCUGAUUUUUAUAAUCAGAAAAUGGUGGAUAAGCUCUUAGGUGUCAUGAAAGAUCGGAAUGACGUUAAGAGAUUCAAGACGAUUUUGGACCGCCAUUCUCUGUAUGGAUCCUCCGCUUUGCAAAUGGUAUCCAGAUCCAAGGACUUGCAGAAAGUUUACUUAUCCUUAGAUUCAGACAGUAAGAGAUAUGAAAAAAUUAUGGUGCAAAUACGAACUUGGAAAUCCCCUAUCAUGCUUAAAAGAUAUCACCGUCUUGUCAAUCUUCAAUUAGCAGAUCUUGCAAAGGCAAUACACGUUGGUGCAUUGAGCUUAACCACAGAUCAUCGAGUUAAGGAAUACAGUGAAAGGCUACAAUCGUUACAUGCGACAAUUGACAUUUUAGAAAAACAAAUUAAUAAUCAGAAGGACAGCAGCACAGAAAGAAAUUACAACGACAUGUCUAUAGAUGCUAUGACAGCUUCUAAGAUUGCUGAUCUCUCAGUAGAGAGUGUAAUUCAUAACUCGUUUAGAAUCUCGUUUUUCAUGGAUUUCAUGGAAAAACGAGAUCGGAGUGGCAUGGUUCAGCUUUAUUUAGAUGUGGACUCUUUGAGAAAUCCAUUAGAGGAUUUCUACAUAGAUCAAAACAAAGGUGAGCAUGAUGAUGAAUACUUGAAUGAUGACAUGUCGCAGGCAGAUGACAUCAGGGAAAUAUUUGAGCACCACUUUCAAAAUAAGCUGCUUGGAAUCAGCCAAUCGGAUUAUGACGCUGUCAAUGACUUUGUUCGGACACACCCAGACAAUUUUCAACUGUAUGUAGGUGCAAGGAAGGCACUUUUUGCCAUACAGUCCGAGGUACUGCAUAGAAUGCAAACUACUGAUUUCCCUGCUUUUAAGCAGUCAGAUUAUUUUAUACAGAUGAUUGCGGCUGGUACACAAAUAGCCAAUGCAGAUUCUGGUGAUCUGCCAGAAACUAAAAGAACUCUCAAUGGAAAAGAGGCGAACGGAGACCCGUUAGCAUUAUAUGAUGAAGAAAGGGAUAUUCAAAAUGAGACUUCAGGGCCCCAAAUAAGUACGAACGUGGUGAAUGCUAUGGAAAAGGCUCUUGGAGAAAUAACUAAAAGAGAAAAAUCACCAUCAGCAUUCAACUUUCCCGAUGACAUCACAAAUAAAUCUUCAAUUAAUUUAGAUUCUUCUGCAGAGCGGGCUUCUACAUUUAUGAACAACCGUUCUUUGAAUAAGGAACAAAGAGAUAGCAUAUUUGGAACUGGAGACGGGGAUGAAUCAAGUCUUUUUGAUGAUAACGUAAAAAAACUGAGCCCUGAAACCAGUAUCACUACUACUGGAGAUGCAGGUUUGCUUUCUAAUGCAAUUCAGAUGGAUAGUAGCUUGGACUCGCUAUCCUCUUCCACUGAUGAUUUAUCGACAUCUGAAGUGAGGGUUGCUGCUCCUGGGGACUUGGAUUUGGCGGAUGAGAUAAGGACGAUUAGUUCUGGAAUUGUGAGGAUCAAGCAGCAGCUUCAAAUCAUUGAUUCAUUACUUAAGAAGGCAGAAUUGACAAGAAACGCGUCUGAACUUAACAUAUUAAGGAGGUCAAAGGCAAGUUUGGAUAGAGAGAUACGUCUUAAGGAGCUCCAGAAGCAGCAAUAUACAAUUCAACAGGGCGAGAACAGCCUUUAUCAACGAUCGAAAAUAAGAAUUCAAUCGUACAUCACAUCUAAGGACAAGGAUGGUAAAGUGUUUGUUUUGUAUAUUAUUGAGGUUCAAAGAUUGUCGAAAGAAAAUUCCAACCUUGCAGUUGCUGGAUGGAUGGUUGCCAGGCGUUUCAGCCAGUUUUACAAGCUUCACAAAUACUUGAAAGUACGGUAUUUGGAGGUUGCCAACAUUUCCUUUCCUAAACGAAAAGUUGUGAUGAAGUUUCAGCAAACGUCUCUAGUACAGAAUAGAAAGGCCGAUCUACAGAAAUACCUCCGACAAUUAGUGUCAAUUCAGAGUGUUUGUUCUGAUAGAGUAUUUCGUGACUUCCUCUCAAGCGAUGUUUUCACUCUAGACUCUGAACGAACAAAGAAUGGAUCUGGAGCAAAACUGUACAACAAACUGUGGAGUCAGCUACUAUAUUUAUUACCUAAUGAUGGGCAACAGGACACUGCGAAGAAAUCUAAAUAUCAGGCAAGCAGUUCGGUUUCACUCCAAAAGAGUACAUCGAAAGUGGAGCACUCUCCUAAUCACCAUGACCAACAAUCAUCCUUCAACAAUUUGAUGGAUAAUGAUGACUUGGAGUAUGGGUCAGAAGAAUUCCUACAGGAUAAUUCUUCCUUUGCUGGACCUUUGUGCGAUUUGUUUGUGACAAUCUUCCAAUUGGAUAAAUCACGCGCUUGGAUGGGUAGCUACACGAUGAUAUUAAUUCUGCAACAACUAUUUGAUUCCACUAUAGAAAAAGUGAUACGGUCAAAUGUCGAUGGAUUUAUUAAAAACGAAUCAAAUGUGUUUUCGAUGCUGAGCAGUCUUCAGAAUUCUCUAUGGCCAGAUAACCGUUUCAGGAAGCAUUCCGAGCCACGCACAAAAUUAGAAAAAGAUAGUACAAGUAGGCAUGCAAAAUAUUUGCUUGUCAAUAUAACGACGGACGUUUGCUCAAAACUAUUUGGAAGCCAAACCUCAAGGCGUGCUGCUAAUUUAAUAUUUAAUUCAUACCAAAAUGAAUUAUUGAAUAGACAUUUAGUGCUCUCUAUUUUCGAUGAAUUCAUAAAUCUAUUAUUUCCGGAAACCAUGCCCACAGGUGCCAUAUUAAAUAAUAUAGAUGCUAAUGGAGAAGGCGAAGAUACCCAAUAA